CACACUAUUUGGGGCGGCACAGUAAUGUAGUGGUUUGUACGUUCUAAUCUUGGAUUUCCUCCGGGUGCUCCGGUUUCCUCCGACAGUCCAAAGGUUUUUGCUCAUUGUAAAUUGUCCCGUGAUUAGGCUAGGGUUAAAUCAGGGAUUGCUGGUCGGCCCAGCUCGAAGGGCCGGAAGGGGCUAUUCCGCGCUGUAUCUCAAUAAAUAAAUAUAAUUGAUUAUCAUCCCGCUGGCUGCCCCCUGACUUUCUUCACCCAAAUAUUUGUCCUAGGUUAGUCUCAUUUCUGAAAGAUUUGCCAUUGGCUUACCGGCUCCUUAACUCCUACUAGUAUUAAAGUCAAUUACUUAUGAUUCGAUCCCGAUUCUUCUACUGAACUAGUUUCGGGACCAAACACCUCGAGAAAUUCCGGGGGAAUUGAUAACUGCGUUUAUGCUUCCACAAAACCGUUCCCUCUGUCAACAUUGUUUUGGAAAAAUGCACCCUCCCGAUUUUUCUUUGUCAGUUAUGCGUUUACCUUCCCACUGAAUCCCGGGUUCAUGCCUUUUUUUGUGUUGCAUUUCAGUUCUUCCGGGUAUCUUUUGCCUGCAAUCGCUCUCGUUGUAUAUUAGUGUGCGCGAGCAGUCCAACUGUUCGCUUGGUUUCAUAAAGAGUCGCUGAUGACAUUUUCAUCAGAACUCGCAUUGAGGGAUUUAUCCGCUCAGCUGAGUUCAGGCGUAAGAUAUCAGCCAGGCAACAGACCGGAGUUUACGUGUGCCCUCUUUAUCUCUGCUGCAUUCAAUAUUAUCAAGAGGAAGGUGGUUAACUUUCCCUCUGUGGAUGCUGCCGUCCCUCCCUCUACGAUCUGUGUCUGAACCCUCGAGUGGGGGUACUCUGUCAUUCAAUACAGAUAAAAUGGGACUUGGAGGAAGUUCUCCUGCAGUCACACACCGCUGCGAAUUCGGCAGUGGAGAGCAACGCAUGCCAAUGUAGAAGCAUAGUUACUGUUGCACCUGCAAACCGAGAAACUUGCUCGCGAGAUUUCCCAUCCUACCAGAGAUAUUGAACCUAGGUGCAGCCACCCAUCACCUUAAGAGAGAGCCCAGUUCUCAUUUCCAGCUUGUUCACGCAGUCUAGCCUGGGAGACCCCUUGAGAUGGCGAAUGCUUCCAACAGCACUUUCGGCUGCGACUAUGAGUCCUGCCCCCUCUUUCCUGUCUCCACCUUGAUCCCGGUGACAGUGGUCUGCAUCGUAUUGUUCAUCGUUGGAGUCACCGGCAAUGCGCUGACGGUCCUGAUCAUCCAAAGGUACAAGGACAUGAAGACCACCACCAACCUCUACUUGUCCAGCAUGGCGGUGUCGGACCUGCUAAUCUUCCUCUGUCUGCCUUUCGACGUGUACCGCAUGUGGAGGUACAAGCCCUGGCUCUUCGGCGAUUUCUUGUGCAGGUUUUAUCAGUACAUCAACGAAGGCUGCACCUACGCCACCAUUCUACAUAUCUCAGCCCUGAGCAUCGAGAGGUACCUGGCUAUCUGCCUGCCCCUCAAAGCCAAGGUGUUGGUCACCAAGCGGAGAGUGAGGUCAGUCAUCGCCCUGCUCUGGACCGUCGCCCUGGUGUCGGCUGGACCUUUCUUCUUUUUGCUCGGCGUGGAACAAGAUAUGUGCAAGCACACCGAAUACGCUGUCAACUCGGGGGUCCUCGAUAUCAUGAUCUGGGUCUCAACAGUCUACUUCUUCUUCCCCAUGUUUUGCCUCACUUUCCUGUACGGGUUCAUAGGAAGGAAACUGUGGAAAAACAAAAACAAUAUCAAGGGUCCGAAUGCUGCAAACAGGGAAAAGUAUCACAAGCAAACAGUCAAACUCUUGGCUAUAGUUGUCUUGGCUUUUGUGGUCUGCUGGCUACCUUUCCACAUUGGUCGAAAUCUUUUCUCCAGCCUCUCGAGGAGUAAGGGCCUUGACCUGUUCGUUUUCAGUCAGUAUUUCAACGUCGUCUGCUUGCUGCUGUUCUACCUCAGCGCCUCUAUCAACCCCAUUCUCUACAACCUAAUCUCCAAAAAAUACAGAAAGGCGGCGCGCGAAUUGCUGUUUUCCCGCCGGGUCCGCUCGUGGUCAAUGUCCAGCAAAAGGGACACCGCGGCUGACACGCUGGGUGGCACCGAGGGAAACACUAGCCUGUGAUUCCCCGGUUUAAACAGGGAAUCGCUGCGAGGAAAGAGCUACAAUUCUGGAAACACGCUCUCCCGGUGUAAAUGUUUACAUUGUUUCCUGUUGAAAUGGCUCGCUCGAUCAACAGUAUGAACACGUUCACUCAAGCUAUUGAGAGAUAGGGAUUUUAAAAUAUUAUAAACAAUCGCUAAAUCUGGUGACAGUGUCGUUGUUUGAGGGGUCGUGAGUUGGUUAUAAAGUCACUGUAAAAAAAGCGACUGGAGUUUUAAAAAUCUAAGUCAUAAACGAGUGUUCUCAUAAUUGUGCGGGAACAGGUGAUGGUAGAUACUGCAGUUCCAUUUCUGUGAAGGAUAUGAAAGCAACAGAAAACGUGGCGAAUCGAUUCUUUGCAGUUUGACACAAUAGUCUUUCACUUCCAGCCGCUGUUGCCACUAACGCUGUACGUGGCGUCGUCGCAGGUUGGACGGAGCACUUUAACAUUCAUCUCCUGCAUGUUUCAAGCAAAGUCCAUCAUACUCAGAGCAGGGCUGAACUGUCUUCUCUUGACGUCCAGUGAGCCUCUAUUGCUGAACUGCUCAAUUCACUAAGAGGACUGACCAGUGAUCAGAAACUGCAAAGAUCCGCUUCAGCAAGGUCUCUGUUUUCCCAAUGCACAAGUUAAAGCGCCUGUACUUGCCCGCAAAGAUGCAGUUUCGGCAGCACCCAGGAACCCUCCUACGUAAUGGACACCCCAUCCAUUGCUCAAACUCGACGUCCAGCGUGCACGUCCACAAAACGCUCUGAAUCAGCGUGUGUUCAUUUGAUUGUACCUCCGUAACUAAGACCUCGAACACUUACAGUGACAGGCUACAUUUCCUUACAACUCCUACGCUAAUAUUGAAUAUCGAUGUACUUUCAUUAGCACCGGGUAAAAACUGGUAACCCCACCUAACAGUAGAGAUCGUAGUGGUUCAAGAGAUAACCAUUAUCACCGCAAGGACAAUGGGUUCUGGACAAUUCAAGUACUUGGUGAGAAUGGAUGUGUUAAAGGAACUCCUCGCAGACUAAAGAUGAUGCAGCAGAUUCCCUCGUGGAAUCAUGAACUCUUGCUGUGGAAGUUGGGUGAUACCGAAGGGGUGUGGGGUGGAUCCAGACAUAUCAGGGUAUCAGGUUGAUUCAAGGUGGGAAAAGAUCAUCAGGCAAACUUAACCAGCCACCAAAUUAAUUUGUCAGGUGGCUAAAAUGCGGAAAAUUAACGGUGUUAUUGUAUUCUGUGAAGAUAUGUGUGCUGUGACUUUGUAAUAAUUACCCAUAUGUAGUAAUUAAAACUGAUAACGUGUCAAGGAUUUCAUUAGCCGAAGUGGUUAUAUACCCAUUCAAAACCAAAGUAAUAUAAACCAAAUUUAGUAUCAUGAGUUGCCGUCACUGCUUAGAGACACAAGAACACUUCAAGAAUGGUGGGUGAAAGGUACCGACUUCAUCCCAGCAGCGCGCUGCUCAACUGGGACUGUCCUUUGGUUCAUUCCUGGAUCAGUGGUGAUAAAAUCAAAUUAAUGGAUAGAUGGCUGGGCUAAUGGAUCGUUGGUUCCUCCAUCCUUAUUCCUUCAAAUUUCAAAAUGCUUAAAGACUGUCGUUGGGGAAUAAGGAUUCAAAACGGAACUUCAGGCCCCUUGGUAUCCGCAUAGCACCCAGAUCACCUUGCAUUAGGCUUGCUUAUGCUGGACAUCUUCAGUUCUCAGUAUCACAGUUAACUCCCUGUUAAUUAUGAAAGUGUGGGGUUUUGUCCCUCAAACAGGACCAGUCUCCAGGGAAGUGGCAGAGAGUUGUUGAACUGCAGAGUCUGGCUCUCUGUCCUUGAGCAAGAUUCUAGUCCCUCUCCCCUACAGCAGCCCUGUCCCAUGUACAGUAUAUUUCCUCAAUCAGCAUGCCUGUAAUAAUUUAUUUAUCUCACUGCUCUUUGAAAUACAUUUGUUGACUUCCUUCCACAGCGACUGUUUUGAGACUUUCUUUUUAGGUAAUUAAAUCUGCUUGUGCUGGGUGCCACGGUAGUGUAGCAGCUAGUACAACACCAUUAAAGCUCGGGGCGAUUUGAGUUCAGAGUUGGAUUCCAGCGUUGUUCUGCAAGGAGUCUCUGUACAUCCUCCCCGUGGAAUGCGUGGGUUGCCCCCGGCUGCUCCAGUUCCCUCCCACAGCCCAAAGACAUACCGGCUAGGUUAAUUGGUCACUGUGACUAG